GAUCCAGGGAGCACUUCCGGUUCGUCACUUCCGGUCCGCACAGCAGGCUCCCGGUCCCUUCAGUCAUGUCGGUGUCUGUGCUGUCCGUCGUGUCCCGCUUCCUGGAGGAGUAUGUGAGCUCCACUUCUCAGCGGCUUAAGCUGCUGGACGCCUACCUGCUGUACAUCCUGCUCACCGGGGCAAUGCAGUUCCUGUACUGCCUGCUAGUGGGGACAUUUCCUUUCAAUUCAUUCCUGUCCGGGUUCACCUCCUGCGUGGGCUCCUUCAUUCUGGGCGUGUGCUUAAGGAUACAGAUCAAUCCUCAAAAUAAAGGAGAUUUCCAGGGGAUCUCUCCAGAAAGAGCCUUUGCAGAUUUUCUCUUCGCCAACACUAUUUUACACCUGGUUGUUGUUAACUUUGUUGGCUGAUCUAUUAUCAUUUGUAUAGCAUGAGUUUACUGACAUUCGUGCUCCUCGUUUGGGGACCAUUUCCAAGCUGGAUAUCACCACAUGAGAUUUGUUCUGCCUUUCCUGUUUUUGACUUUAUAUUUAAGUGUCAGGCUCACCAACAACAGUUUUCACAACAAACAUGCUCUGUUUUUAGGGAAAGGUGAAACUGCCAAUAAAGAUGUGACUUUCGUA